GAUCCGCGUUUGCGGGAGUCAUGGCUGUCCGGCGGGCACUGCACUUCGUCUUCAAAGUGGGAAACCGCUUCCAGACGGCGCAUUUCUAUCGGGAUGUCCUGGGGAUGAAGGUUCUGCGGCAUGAGGAAUUUGAAGAAGGCUGCAAAGCUUCCUCUGGCGGGGACUUGAGGGCGACCGUUGUACACUGUGGUGAAGGAUCGGAGGGCACGGCGGGCACCAGCAGCAGUUACAUUGACGUGGAAGGAAAGCGCCAAUUGGCGAAUAGGGUGUCUGAGACGUCCAUUGUGGGAAGUCAUUGUGGGAAGCUCCGGUUGUCGGGGGCGGGCAUCACCCUCGCUUCGAGCCAAGCGGUCGACAAUGCCAGGAACAUGGAGUGGCCACUCAGGGAAACCGCAGAAGGGGUUUUUGAAACCGAGGCCCCCGGAGGAUACAAGUUCUACCUGCAGAAUUGCAGUCCACCUCGGUCAGAUCCAGUUAUAAAAGUAACGCUAGCAGUGUCUGAUCUUCAAAAGUCCUUGAACUACUGGUCUUAUCUGCUGGGAAUGAAAAUUUAUGAAAAAGAUGAACAGAAGCAAAGAGCUUUGCUGGGCUAUGCUGACAACCAAUGCAAGCUGGAGCUGCAGGGCGUCGAGGGGGCAGUGGAGCACGCAGCAGCUUUCGGAAGAAUGGCCUUUUCUUGCCCCCAGCACGAGCUGCCAGUCCUAGAAGCCUUGAUGAAGAGGGAGAGCCAGAAGAUCCUGACUCCCUUGGUGAGUCUGGACACGCCAGGGAAAGCCACGGUGCAAGUGGUCAUUCUGGCUGACCCUGUAAGUAUUCCCCAGAGCGAGUGCACCGGAGACUCCCUCUGUCUCCUCAUCAACCUGGCUAUUUCAGCCGCGCUCAAAGCAAUGAGUUUGCCCUUUGUCUCCCACGCAAUGGCAGCAGAUAAAAGCGAUGAGUGGUUUGCUCAGCACAAUAAACCCAAGGCUUCAGGUUAACCAAGACUUCCUUUGGAACCAGCAUUUGUGACGCCUGUCCAGCCCGUGGGCCGGAUGUGCCCAUUCAUCGUAAAUGCCUGACAACUCAGAUAUUUCCCUCAUGGCCAGGAGGCCAUCCUGAUGAAGAUUUCCGACCUCCGGCUUGGAGCGCUCCACUGUGUUGCAGAUGAAAUACUGUUAUCGCUGCUCUGUCGCUGGAAUGGCACGUUCUGUAUGCAGCUGUGCUAGCAAGAGAUGAUUGUGCAGAGGUAGGGUGUUUAUAUGGGACUUUACCUUUGGUUGGGGAUAGAGGAAACUUUGAUGAGCUGUUGAUCAUGUCAAAUGUAUAAAAGCACAACUGUUCAAAUAAAGUCAGUGUGAUGGUUGGAAACAGUAAUAUGCCAUCCUCCCACUUA